CCUUCAAAACACAUGACGGUAAUUCAUUAACAUUACUGUUACCAGACAUAGACUUAAUAGCUUUCCAAAACUUUCUAGGGUCUGUAACGAUUGUCGUCGGGAGAAGGAGAAGAGGACCAAGGUGCAGUGUGGAAUUCUGUAGAAGCAGCCUUUAUUUUCAGACUCUGCAGGCCUGCUGGGAGGAAACAUAUUACAAUAAACAGAAGAAGCUCAUGAUCCACUAUCUGCUGCUCCAGAGUCGAGGUCAGGUCCCACCCCAUGUCACCACGGAGCACAUGAGCAACUGGCUGGUGUCUCAGGGCAAAAAAUCCCUUAGGGAGAGGGUGUGGAAGGAAACCCUGGAGGAGGGAAACGACCUCGCUCGGGUGGCCCGGGAAGUAAACACUUGCCUAAAAAUGAUGGACAUAGAGCACGAGGCUUUCUGCAAGCUCCGCCGCUCCAUGCACCCCUCCUCGCCAGCUGACAUCGAUCCUAAGGUCCACAGCAUCGUGGAAAGAGCUGUGAGAAGCAUUCUGGGCGAGCAGUCUAAUGAUCCCUGUAGCAACCUGUUCAGCCCAUCUCAGGUGGUGGUGGAGGUGGUGCCCAGGCUCCUCCUGGCCCUGUGGCUGCAGCCAGAGGAAGGACAUUCAGAGCACCCAAUCCUAAUAAGCGGGAUGGCCGUGGGCAUGGUGGCGGCUGUAGUGGAGAAGCUCUCCUGCAUGUUAAAGGACCCUUCCCCUCACAUCCCUUUCUCCCGGGCUGCUGCUUUUGACUCUGUGCGGUCGAUCCUCGGGAGAAUUAGUCAGUCCUUCUCCACCGAUGACCUGCAGAGCCCUCUUUAUAUGAGCUCUGUCUGUGCCUUUGUGGCGGACGAGGUGCAGAGCUGCUUCCAGCCCCCUGCAGCCACCCUACCAGUCCCCCCUGUCCUCGCGGUGGCUGUUUCCACCACACUACCAGCUGACAUCCAAGCAGAGGUUGUGAACAUCACCCCAAAGGCAAAGGCAGACACGGCUUGUUCCCACCUGGAGGUUGUGGACAUCACCCGUAAGACAGAGGCAGAUCUGGCUUCUUCGCACGUGGAGGUUGUGGACAUCACCCGUAAGACAGAGGCAGAUCUGGCUCCUUCCCACCUGGAGGUUGUGGACAUCACCCGUAAGACAGAGGCAGAUCCGGCUUCUUCCCACCUGGAGGUUGUGGACAUCACCCGUAAGACAGAGGCAGAUCCGGCUUCUUCCCACCUGGAGGUUGUGGACAUCACCCGUAAGACAGAGGCAGAGCCCAUCUCUUCCCUCUUGGAGGUUGUGGACGUCACACCUGAAGAAAGGACUCUCACGAUGGCCGUCUUCGCCACUCUGCCAGCUGACAUCCAAGCAGAGGAUGUUGCUGUGGUCAUCCCGGAUGUCACCCCACACGUCACCAAGGACGUGACACUGGAUGUUUCAUGCAGAGCUAGGAAAGGGGCAGUCCGGCGAUUAUUUUGCAGGCUUUGGAGGGCAGUGUGCUGCUGCGCCUGCCACAAGGAAGAGGAGGAACAAUAUUAAUUAUUCAUCACACCUUCAGAAAAGGGAUUGAACC